AUGGUAAAAAUUCGUCCUGAUGAAAUUAGUAGCGUAAUUCGCCAACAAAUCGAACAGUACACUCAAGAAGCACAAGUUGUAAAUGUAGGAACAGUGCUUCAAGUAGGAGAUGGAAUUGCUCGUAUUUAUGGUUUACAAAAAGUAAUGUCUGGUGAGUUACUUGAGUUCCAAGAUGGAACAAUUGGAGUAGCCCUCAACCUUGAAACAGAUAACGUAGGGGCUGUAUUAAUGGGUGACGGUCUUAAGAUCCAAGAAGGUGACUCAGUAAAAGCAACUGGUAAAAUUGCUCAAGUACCAGUAGGAGAAGCAUUCUUAGGACGUGUAGUAGAUGCGUUAGCGCGUCCAAUUGAUGGACGUGGUGACAUUAAAGCAGAUGGAACACGUUUAAUUGAAUCUCCAGCUCCUGGAAUUAUUGCACGUCGUUCAGUAUACGAACCACUUCAAACUGGUCUCGUAUCGAUUGACGCAAUGAUUCCAAUUGGACGUGGACAACGUGAGCUUAUCAUUGGUGACCGUCAAACUGGAAAAACUGCAGUAGCAACAGAUACAAUCAUUAACCAAAAAGGUGGUGACGUAAUUUGUGUAUACGUAGCAAUUGGACAGAAAGCAUCAUCAGUAGCGCAGAUUGUGACAACUCUUACAAACGCAGGAGCAAUGGAUUACACAAUUAUCGUAUCUGAAACUGCUGAUUCACCAGCAACGCUCCAAUACCUUGCACCAUACACAGGGGCAUCAUUAGCAGAGUACUUCAUGUACACUGGUCGUGCGACUCUCAUCAUUUACGAUGACCUUUCUAAACAGGCGCAAGCUUACCGUCAAAUGUCCCUUCUUCUUAAGCGUCCUCCAGGACGUGAGGCAUACCCUGGUGACGUAUUCUACCUUCACUCACGUUUACUUGAGCGUGCAGCGAAGCUUAGUGACGCAUUAGGUGAAGGAAGCAUGACUGCACUUCCAAUUAUUGAAACACAAGGUGGAGACGUAUCGGCAUACAUUCCAACUAACGUAAUUUCAAUUACUGAUGGACAGGUAUUCCUUUCAGCUGACCUUUUCAACUCUGGUAUUCGUCCAGCAAUUAACGUAGGUAUUUCUGUAUCACGUGUAGGAUCAGCAGCUCAAAUUAAGGCUAUGAAGCAAGUAGCAGGUACACUUAAGCUUGAACUCGCACAGUUUGCAGAGCUUGAGGCAUUCUCACAAUUUGCUUCUGAUCUUGACCAAGCAACGCAGAACCAACUUGCUCGUGGAGCACGUUUACGUGAGCUUCUUAAGCAAGCACAGAACCAGCCACUUUCAGUAGAUAUGCAAGUAGCUACUAUCUAUACUGGAACUCAAGGACACUUAGAUGACCUUGCAGUAGGUCAAGUUCGUUCAUUCCUUACAGGUCUUCGUGAGUACAUUAAGACAAACAAGGCAUCAUUCUGUUCGGAUGUAACUUCUUCUAAGAAGUUUGGACCUGAAGCUGAAGAGAUGUUAAAAGCAGCAAUUGCUGAGUACAAGGCAAUUUUCAAAGCUUCUUAA